UGUGUGAUUUUUAUUGGUUGUUUUCAAAGUUUUAUAUAUCUCUUCCCGGAAGUGAUUGGUUGGCAUUGGCAACGAUUUUUUUGUAGCUGCAUCUUUCGGCGCACUUAGUCUUUCAAUGAAAGAAUAAAGGAGAUAAAUUUACAAAAGUUUAGGAUUUCGAAUUUUUGCAUCCCUUUAAAUUCACUCACCACAGAGGAGCAAGGAGCGAGUACAGACUGCAAACAGAAUGACCAGGUCUGCAAAAAGUUAUGCUCAUCUGCUCCCAGGAUGGUGAAUAGUUACAAGAGGACCUCAAGCCCCAGAUCCCCGACUAACAGUGGGGAGCUGUUUACUCCAGCACACGAGGAGAAUGUGCGCUUUAUACAUGAUACCUGGCAGUGUGUGCUCCGAGAUAUCAGAUCAACACAAAAUAGUGAACGCAAUGAACGUGGACCUCAGGAGUAUGUGGAGAAGAACCCAAAUCCUAACCUACAUUCUUUCACACCAGUGGACCUGAGUGACGUAAAAAAGCGCAACACACAGGACUCCAAGAAAUCUUAGUUUUUUCUGUCAUGUUCCUGUUACUUUUUUUUUUCAUCCAUUCUUCCUCAAGAACUUUUCAUUUCUCUGCUCUCUGACAGCCAGAAACUUGACCCUGUUGGCAGGUCUAACACACAAUACAAUCUCAUUUGUAUACAAUGGACCAUAUCAACCUGUUUCUGUUUUUCUUUUUCCCCUUGACCACUGACUAAAAACAAAACUUGGGGGUUUUGAGGGGAACAGAUUCUUUCUUCUCAUGUUUUCAGGUAACAAAGUCUUCAUAUUGAUGCUCUUGGUGUGAAUGAGACUGCAUCAAGGGUUCAUCAAAAUACAACUGAAGCCCAGCAGGAAACAAAGACUGAAGUCUUAAACAACAGUACAACUACUUAGAUAACUUUGGAAGAAAUUGUAAAGAGGCUGACUUCUUUUCUGUUUCAUUCUGGAAAAUAGAUUGAUAAAUUGUGAAACAGACACACUUUAAUGGGCAAGAAUUGGAAGCCAGUAUAGAAGGCCGACCUUUUUAUUAAACUAUCUCUUGCCCUUUUAUUUUGCAGCGUAUACAGGCCUUGGUUAACACCUCUACUCAAAGCCUUGAAACAAACAUGUUGAAUAAAAGACUUUUACAGUACUCCUGCAUGUAUGUAUCCUACAGGAAUACUGAUCAGAUGUAGUUCCACAUCACCGAACUGCAUGAAUUGUAAUACUUCUACCCAACAAUAAAACAAAUACUGUGCUACA